UUUCAUCACCAAUCAUCCCCUAUGGAAAACACAGCUCGAAGGGAUCACAUAGCAGACAUAGCUCUAGGGACUUACAUGGAACGAGCAGCUGCGAGGAAUGUUCCGGACGACACAGCUCUACGGAAUUAUAUGGAAAACGCCGUUCAAGAUGACGAUAUCGACGCAUUGUAUGCGUUAAUCCGGCGAGAUCCAACAAUUCUGAAUCACUACGACAAAUUGCCUUUCGAAAACACUCCACUACACAUCGCAGCAUCCACCGGGAACAUUGAAUUCGCCAUGGAAAUGAUGAAUCUAAAGCCAUCAUUCGCAAGGAAGCUAAACCGGUACGGCUCGAGUCCCUUGCACCUCGCUUUGGAACACAAUCGGGUGCAGAUGGUGCGGUUGCUUGUGACCGCUGAUAAAGAUCUGGUCCGUGUCAAGGGCCGUGAGGGUAUGACGCCGUUCCAUCGGGCGGUCGCGGCGAACAACCUGGAGGCUUUGAGUGAAUUCCUUGUGGCUUGCCCUGAAUGCAUAGUGGACGCGAACAUCAGGGGACAGACUGCCCUACAUAUUGCAGCAACAGGGGACAUGAUGGAAGGUCUUAAAAUAAUGGUCCAUUGGCUUAGAAGGAACAAUUACAAAGAUGGCGAUGUUUGGCAGCAUGAAGUCCUUAACGCAAAGGACAAUGGAGGCAACACGGUUCUGCAUGUAGCUGCAACCAAUAACCAUCCCCAGAUGAUAAGACUACUGUUGAAUAGUUCGGUCGAAAAGAACUUGACAAAUGUAGAUAACAUGACACCUUUGGAUAUCUUACAACGUCAAGGUAACGACCAAGAGUCCCAAAAAAUUCUAAAGACCGCAGGAGGUUUAAACGCGGCCAACCUCCCCGACAUCCCGACGUUACCAGCGUUCUUACAAACGAAGAUCACACUUUCUGAAUUAACGAGUAAGUCCGCCGAUCGGCAGCGCCGGAACCUAUCGAGCAGCACUCGGAGCGCCUUAUUAGUGGUAGCCGGUCUAAUGGUAACAGCCACGUACAAUGCCGCACUCAAUCCCCCUGGUGGCAUUUCGCCAGGCCCAUGCCCUAUGAAUUCCACAUCUACCACUAAUGCUACAACCAAUAGUCCCCUUGAUGGCUUGACCGUGCAAGACAAUCCACUGGGAAAAUCUGUGUUGAGUUCCACAUAUUUCCUCAUUUUUUACACUUUGAACACACUGUGUUUUUUUCUAACAUCACUGGUGAUAUUUCAGUUCCUCAUAACUGAUGCUCCUGAUUUUAUUAUUAUCGUCCUUGGCUUGUCAUUGGGGUUUCUGUUCUCAUGCUACUUGGAUGCGAUCCUGGCCAUAGCACCGACGUUUAGCUACGUAAUUGCCUUCGUCGUUUCGGCUUUGUUAACCAUACCGACACGAUUGUGGCAGCCGAGGAGAUCGCGGUAUGGAAACUAUUUGCGCAGGAAAUAUAUAUAUAAGCGUCAUCAAGAUGGAGGGUUUUGGUGGGUUAUUUAGAUCUUCUCCAAUAGGGUUUUUUUUUUUUUUACUUCGUUAGAUUCUUUUCAUGCAUUAUACGUUAAUUUCUCUAAAGAAGUAGUUUAUUAGUUAGCUGGAGUUGGAUGAGCGGUUAGAUUAAUUGUAAAGUUGUGUGUAUAAAGGUGUAAUUGAGAUUCACUGUAAUCUAUCUUUCUCAGUAUGAUGAGUAAACUUAAUUUCUU